AUGGCGGACAGGGCCGCGCAGAUCGUGUCGGAGUGGUUCGUGAAGUGCGCCAACGUGGUACUACAGUCCCGGAUAGUGCUCGCGUCGGACGAGGGGAAGCAGAACCGAUGGUUUAACCUGGACGUCGUCGAGCUCGACGCGUACGCAAAGUCUCUCCAGCCGUGGCGUUCCAAGCAGCGGUCGGGGCCCGAAAAGAGCGGCCGCCUCCCGCCGCUCGUCCUCGACGUGUACGUGUCCGACCUCGGGCCCGACGGCGAAGAGCGGGGUGCCGAGGAGGGGGAGGAGAAGUCGCGGGAACGCCCCCGCGUCCUGAUCGAGCGGUGGGUGCUGCGACACGACGCCGACGACGCCGACGCGGGUUUGCUCGGCGACGACGAAUCUUCGUCGAACGAUCGUCGUCGUCAGAAUCCGUCGCCGAGCAAACCCGGACGGACGAGCGCGGAGACGGUGGCGGUGGCGUACAAACGAACCGUCGUGAUGGUCCGGGCGUUACACGCCCUGUGCAGGUCGUUACCGGCGAACAGGUUCCACAGGGCGGCGAGGCAAUCGCAGUGCCGCGGGCUUCGCUUCGCGAUGUCGCACGAGGUUCGGCCGGGGGGGACGGGAGGGGGGGUCGAUUCAUCGGACGCCGCCGUCGUCGUCGAAGAGGAAAAACCGAGCGGCGGCGGCGGGGACUUUGGGGAGUACUCGUUCACGCCGGUGCGCACGCCCGCCGGUGGGUCGCUGCGCGCCGUGGUGUACUUUUUGAACGCGGACAAACUCGCCGGGAUGGACUGCGUCCCGAAGCCGACGGCGCCGCGAGUCAUAGACGGAUACCUCGGCGGCGGUCAGAAACGGUCAGAAACGGCUGGUGGCGGCGGGGCUCACCCGACGGGCCCGGGCCCCUUCCUCCCUUCGAGCCACACGAGCGCGUCGCCCUCCCCUUUCUCUUCCACCGACGCCCCGGCUCCGCCGCGGCGUGACUUUGGCUUUGGAACUUCCCCUUCGUCGGGCGGAGUGAGUGGACGUCCGUUUCGGGCGAACUCCUGGGCGGGAAAGGCGACGUACGGCUUCGGCGCGUCGCCGCCCGCGCGGGCCACACUCCCGGCGGGCGGCUCGCCGGUCACGACGGGCGACGGCGUCCCGGGCGGCUUACCCCGCGCCGGAUCCCGCGGGAUGCUCUCCGAGGCCAUCGCGGAGCAGAAGGCGAGCGAGGAGGGCGCGGGCGGGGUGAACGCUCCUUCGGUCGCUCCUUCGGGAGGAGCGGCGACGAAGGGGGAGUCGGUUGGUCGCUCGUCCACGAAGCCGCCGCCGUCGCCGCCUCAGAUUUACGGCUUUGGCGUCGGGUCGCUCGGGACGGCUACAAACUUCGGAGACAAAGUUCCCCCAAGUUCCCCCCGGUACGGAAGCGUCGGGUCCCCGCACGUCGGGUCCCCGUCGCUUCCGUUCGCGUCGACCAGCCAUCCGACGCGGUUCACCCCACUCGGAAGCGGCGGAUCCGGACCGAGAGGAGGAGGGCACGGAUUCUCGACGUCGCUGGCGAGCGGCGACCACGCGCUGGCGAGGAGGGCGCGCGAGUUCGGCCGCUCACCCGGGGACGGCCAGACGCUUCCGGGGUCCCGGCCGCAGUCCGCGAGGUUAAACGGCGGCGCGAUCGACGAUUCCCCGCCGUGGCACUUCCGGGGUUUUACCGGCGCGCUCUCCGCGUCGCCGGGGAGCACGCCGGGCGGCGGCACGACGCCGCGGGGCUCGCACGGGUCGCACGGGGGCGGGAGCGCGGGCGGCGCCGGCCACAACCAAUCAAACUCGGGAGGUGGAGACCGAUCCAACCCCAUCGGGGUGUAUUACGCGUCUCCGGGGAGGCGCCCGCGUCGCCCGUCGUGGUCGUCGCCCUCGUCGUCGCUGAGCGCGUCGCUGAGCCACGGCGGGGACGCGAGCGGCGGCGCGGGAGGGGGUGGUGGGGGGAUCGGCUCGCUCGUCGGCGGAGCGCUCUCGGCGCCGCUGGGGUCGUCGCCGGGGCGGCUCGGAUUCGCGUAUUCCCACGGCGGGGUGGGUGGGUUCAACGGGGCGCCGCACGCCUACUCGUACGGGGCGUCGCCCGGGGCGUCGCCCGGGGGAUCGUUCGCGAACGCCAUGGCGCACCUCCGCGCGCAGCGCGCCGGGCAAGGCGCCGGGGCGGGCGUCGUGCAUGCGACGGGGAUUCAACGGAUCCCGGACUCGGGACACGGCGCGAUGUUCGAGAGCGGCGCGGACAGCGACCAACUGCCGUUCGCGCUCGACGACGAAGACGAUGGCUUAGGGUUCGAUCACGGCGGCGGCGGCGCGUCGAGCGGCGGCGGAGGCGGCGGCGGAGGCGGAGGCGGGAUCGGAUCCUCCGUCGACUCGCCGAUCGAUCGGCAAAGUCGGGAAGGUUCGUCGUUCGGGUCUGGGGUCGGAGGAGGCGCGUCCGGUCGGUCGGACGCCGCUGUGGGGGCGCUCGUGCGCAUGCUCCAGGACGCCGCGCCGCUGAGCGCCGAGUGGGGUACCGAGGGAGAGCGGGUGGGCGGGGGGCCGCGCGGGUGGGGGGACGCGGGCGGCGGCGCGUCUGAGAUCGAUUCCAGUCGCGACGCGUCUUCCGAGGCGUCCGGGGACACGGCCGGCGGUGUCACCGCGGGGGGGGUUGGCGGGGAGAUGACUUUGGACUGGGCGCUGUCGCAGCUGAGCCGGUUCAGGGAUUUUAAGGCGUCCCUGGACGAGUCGACGUCGACGCUCGAGGCGGUGGAGGAGAGGCCAAACGGCGAGGAGGGCGGGACGGAGUGA